AUGGCUAGUCCGCCAGUUCUAGCUUUCGAUGCCGAGGGCCGUCCAGUGAAGUUCGAAACCUGGCUAGAUGACCUGCACCUGUUCCUACAGCUCACUGCCAAGGAAGAUAUCUCACUGUACGACCACGCCCUAGGCCAUGCCACUGCCCCUGACUCGUCUGCUGACAGCACUCUGCGUUCUCAGUGGCAGACCCGUGAUGCGCACGCUCGCUUUGCUAUUCGCAACUCCCUGCCGCUAGACGAGCGCGAGCACUUCGGCCAGUGCAAGACUGCUAAGGACCUCUACACCGCUGUAGUUGCCCGCUACUCCUCACCCGCUUCUGCCACGCUAGGCCGCCUCACUCUCCCCUACCUGUUCCCUGACCUAGCCUCCUUUCACACUGUCGCAGACCUCAUCACCCACCUUAAGACUAGUGAGGCCCGCUUUCGUGCUGCUAUGCCUGCCGAGUUUCUCACUAGCAACCCCCCCCCGCUCUGGAUCACUCUCUACCACAUCGUCACCCGCCUCCCUGACUCUCUGCGCGCAGUCAGGGACCACUUCCUCUCUCGCUCCCCCACUGAGCUCACUGUUUCCCUCCUCGAGAAGGAACUGCUUGCAGCUGAGGCGAGCAUCGUCGCUGUAGGCACCUCUCGUGGCGACCCCCGCACCCCGUUCUUUGAGGGGUGUUCCCCUUCCCCCCUCCUCCCCUCUGUCGCCUCUGCUGCUGCUGUCGACCUUCUUGGUGCUGAGAAGGUCGGGACCGCGUCUGCUUCGAGCGGGCGCCGCAGGAACAAGGGGGGCAGGGGUGGGGGUGGUGGCGGAGGAGGUGGGGGUGGAGGCGGUGGGAGUGGAGGCGCGGCUGGGGAGACUAGUGGCGGCAGUGGGGGAGGAGACAGCGGCGGUGGGAGUGGUGGUGGAGGCGGCAGCGGAGGCGGAGGUGGUCGUGGCGGCGGCAGGGGUGGAGGUGGCCGGGGCGGCGGCGGUGGGGGUGGUGGUCGUGGAGGCACUGGCGGAGGGCAGAGUCAGCAGCCCGCCCCGACGCUUCAGGCCGCCCGUGAGUGGUAUGCGCAGCGUAGCGUUACCUGCACGUACGUCAUUCGCACAGGUGACCGCAGCGGCCAGCAGUGUGGGAGGCCGCACCCCACGCAGCGCUGCUUCGCGCGCCUUAACGACGCGUGGCGCACUCAGUUUCCUGCUGCCACUGAGCUGCCGCGCUGGGCUGAUCUGGAAAAGAGGGGUGUUGAUAUUUGGGCUUUAGACUUUGAUGCUAUUCUCACUGCCAUGUAUGCGAUGUCUAUUAGUGGAGAGGGUGCUCAGUACUUGCGUGUUCCGCCCGACCCGGGCAUUCAGGCCAGUCCGGCUGCCGCUCUAGGUGCUAGUGCGUCUGCUCCCACAGGUCCUGGUGAGGCUGCAGCCCUAGCCACUCGCUCGGCCAGUUGCUGUCUCCCUGGCUGA